GAUCUAUUACUCACAGCCGGCGACAUGAGCUGGUUAAUUUGCUCCACAUGGCACCUAUACGCUUCCGUAGUUAUUGACCCCACAGCUCAAAUAUAUAGUAUUUCAAGAAUGUAAAACUAAACCCGUGAUACAGUGGACUGUUAUUCCAAGAUGCGUUUAGCAUGAUUUGUAUUUUCAGUGCUGCUGUUUUUUGUUCAGUCAGACGCAUGCGCUUAUUCGCGCAUUGGCCCAUUAACAAUUGUUUUUAAAUGCUUUCAUUCAACUCUCCCGGACAUAUGCACCCGUACAUACAGCAGGUGUAAGCUUCCGUUUCCUGUUGCUAGUUUCCUCUUGGAGAGGGAAGAUGGCGAAUUACAGGAGACGGGAUUUUGAGCCCAUGUUUUGCUUCAGAUUCCCGGGCAGAGUCAGUGGACUUGGAGGGGCGCUGAUCUUUCUGAGCUGUGUCCUUGUGGAGCCCAGCGCAGCCACCACACACUGGGUAGUGACCGAGGAUGGCAAGAUCCAGCAGCAGGUGGAUUCUCCCCUUAACUUGAAACAUCCCCACGACCUGGUGAUUUUCAUGCGACAAGAGACCAGAGUGAGCUACCUCAAGGAGCUGGAGAAGCAACUGGUGGCACAGAAGAUCCAUAUUGAGGAUAAUGAGGACCGGGACACAGGAUUGGAGCAGAGGCACUACAAAGAGGACCUGGACUGCAUCAAAGCCAAGGUUCCUCUGGGAGACCUAGACCUCUACGAUGGAACCUACAUCUCACUAGAGAGCAAAGACAUCAGCCCAGAAGACCAUGUGGACCACAAAUCCCCUCUGCCCCUGAACCUGGAGAAACCUGACUGUACCAACGUGCUGGAGCUGCCCUACAGUAUCCACGCCUUCCAGCACCUGCGGGGUGUACAGGAGAGAGUGAACCUGACCACCCCACUUCUGUCUCAGGAGGACUCCAUCUUCAACUGCAUGUCCCAGAGGGUGGGGAGGAGUUUGGAGGAGAUGGGCCAUCGCAUCCACGAGGCCCUGCACCUGAACUCUUCCUCCUGGGUGCUGUAUAACAUGGCUGCCUUCUACUGGAGGAUGAAGAACGAGCCGCAGCAGGUGGUGGAGUGUGCCGUGAGGGCGCUGCACUUCUCUCCCAGGCAGCACAAGGACAUUGCUCUUGUCAACAUGGCCAAUGUGCUGCAUCGUGCUCACUUCUCUGCUGACGCUGCCAUACUGGUCCACACAGCUCUUGACAUCACCUCAGACCUGUUGACGAGCCACUACACACUGGGGAACAUCUAUGCAGUCGCUGCAGCGCACUCUCAAUGAGCUCAAGGAGUACCAGAAGCAGCACGAUCAGUAUCUGCGGCAGCAGGAGGCUCUGGACAAGCACAAGCUGGGCCAGGAGGAGCAGAUCCUGCGCAACAUCAUCCACGAGACUCAGAUGGCCAAGGAGGCCCAGCUAGGAAAUCACCAGCUGUGCCGCCUGGGGAAGCCGCAGGGCUCCCUGCACUGUCCCUACGAUCUGCCAGUGCGCUACCACCGCGGGGACGUCUUCGAGAGUGUGGAGCUCAUCCAGUUCGGGGAGGAUGGCUCCACUGCCAGCAGCACGUCUCUCAUCUCAGAGCUCAGCCUCAACCAGAGCGAGGGCCAGGAGCUCUUCCCUUCUGUGUCUUCAGCCCCCUUGCUGGGGACCUUCUGGGGCAAGGAGGCCUCCUCCAGGGACAGCCAGGACAUCCUGUGGCCAAAGAGGUCUGACUGUGCCCGAAUCUUUCCCUCCAUCCCCACACCGGAGGAGCUGCCUACCUACUUCCUCCCACCAGAGAAUCGUGGACUGGGGGUCUAUGCUCUUGUGUUCCAGGGCCGGCUCCCCGAAGUGAUGCCGCCCCCCCCAGACUGCAGCUCUGUGCCAGGCCCCCCCCUGAGGGACAGCCCUGCUUCUCUGGGGUGGGGGCUGGAGGGGAGGGAGCUGCCAGACCGUCAUGCCAGGCAGCUCCUGCUCUCCCGUCUGGACAGGCUGAGUCUCAGUGAGGAGCAGAUCGGGGGACUCAUUACUCAGGGCUUGAACCAGUCUGGCGCCCCCUUGUGGCUUGUCCUAAAUGAGGCUGCUCUCUUCUGGCGAGCGAGUGGCAAUGCCAGCUCCGCCCUUUCCUGCCUGCGCAGAGCCCUCAACUCCGCCCCUCAGGAGCACCUUGACAUCCCAUUGGUCAAUGCGGCCAACCUGCUCCUGCACUUCGGGCUGUACCAAGAGGCUAGCCAGGUCCUGGAGAGAGCGCUGGCCAUCAACCGGAGUGAGCCCCUGACUCUGCUCAGCCUGGGGAAUGUGUGCCUAGCCCAGGGGAAUGUGAGUGGUGCGGUGUCGGUGUUUCGACAGGCCCUGUCUCUGGGGACGCGCUGCCCGGAGUGUGAGAGCAGCCUCCGGCUCAUCCGCUGCCUGCAGUUCUACCCCUUCCUAUACAACCUGAGCAGCUCGUCGGCCUGCAAGCUGAUGCUGGUCCUGGAUGGUAACGGCUCUGGCGGGGAACUGCAGCGUGACGAGGAGAUCCAGCGGAUGGAGGAGAGCGAGGAGGAGGAGGAGGAGAAGGAAGAGGAAGAGUGGCAGUUGAAGGAGGACCUGAUUGGAGCCUUCGAGGGGGCUCUGGAUGUGAAGGGGCGCCGUGUGGACCUGCAGCGGAUCAGGGUGCUGAAGAGAGGAGGAGGAGGAGAGGCAGACGCUGGGGGGAGAGCAGGGCCCUGCUUCGGGAACUGCGAGGACGAUGAUGGAGCCGAGUGGAUCACAUUCCAGGUGAAGCGUAUGAGGAAGCCCAAGACAGACCCUUCUGACCUGCAAGUGGGGAGCCGAGAGAGGGAGGCUGGCUUCCACUCCGCCCUGGAGAUCAGCGGACCCCAAAUCCCCUCCCCGGGACCCCCAGGGAGACACCGGGACUACCUGAGUCUAGGCUGGCCGAGCCCAGACGAGUGCCAGCGCCUCCGCAGAGUGGAGCCCACCACAGUGGCAAGCACCUGGCUGGCAGUGUCUGCAAAGAGCAUUGAUAUCACAGAGCACAUAGACUUUGCCACUCCCCUGCAAGAGCCUGCAGUGGAGCCAAUCUGCAACCCCAACCUACCAGCCACAAUGCACACCCUGGACCAUCUGAAUGGAGUGGCCAACCGCGGAGGCAUCCACUACACAGGAGAGAGCCAGCUCCAAGAGGUGCUCCAGAAUCUGGGCAAAGACAAGUACUCUCCACAGUCCUUCGAGCAGGUGGGGACACGCAUCGCCAAAGUCCUAGAGAAGAACCAGACGUCGUGGGUGCUGUCCAGCAUGGCUGCGCUGUACUGGAGGGUGAAGGGUCAGGGGAAGAAGGCUGUGGACUGUCUGAGGCAUGCUCUGAACCAUGCUCCUCACCACAUGAAGGACGUGCCUCUGAUCAGCCUUGCCAAUAUCUUCCACAACGCCAAGCUGUGGGAUGAUGCCAUUACCGUGGCCAGUAUGGCAGUGGAGAUCGCGCCACACUUUGUGGUGAAUCACUUCACCCUCGCCAAUGUCUACAUCGCCAUGGAGGAGUUUGAGAAAGCCAUACAGUGGUAUGAAUCCACUCUGAAGCUGCAGCCCGAGUUUGCCCCUGCCAAGGAUCGCCUGCGGACUAUUCAGUGCCACCUGCUGACCAAGAAGGAGAAGCGCGUCCCGUAGGAGCAGUGCAGGUGUGAGGAGCCUCAGCAUCUCACCAUCCAACCCAACCUGCUUUUAUCUGAGCUGCACAUAAACAAUAGAGAGUGUUAAGACGGGGGGUGUAAUCGAUAAAGUUAGCUUUAAUUGAUUUACAUAAUUUUUUUUUUUUUAAAUUCAUAUAUCUCUUCAAUUGAAAUAUAUUAAACACUAAAUACAAUUCUUUCAUUGGACAUCUUAAUCAGAAUUGUGAAUGUAUUUACUGAAAUAGCUGUCUCUGUCCUCAUAUGGGAAAGUUUUACUGGGUGUUUUCUGGGUAGGCUAUUACUAUAAUGCCAUAGGAUAGAGAUUGUAAACCAUUCACACAUUCUGAUUCACUGAUUUCUAAAGAACUUCAAGAUUACAAUCCCUAGUUAAGACUGUGUAAUUGUAUUGGAAUUUAAAAGUCAAGGGCAGAUGCCUGUAGAAAGUUGGAGGUCUGUCUCCCCCACUCUCACCUUUCUUCAGCUGUUUGUUCAUCGAUAAGAAUUUGCAGUUAAAAGUUUGAUCCAAUCUUGAUCCAUUUUAAACAGAUCCAAAACAGCACCACUGUUUUUUAUUAUGUAUUUUUCUUUCUUCUGAGCAGGACCAGUUAAACGAUUCAUGUGGCAUUAAAAGUGUUCUUUAGGCUCAAAGUUUUGCCCCUCCAUUACCACAUUAGUUCAGACCCACCCUUUUUUACAUGCUUUCAAAUCUACCUAGCCAUUCUUCUCACAAUCCCUUAUAGACUGUUGUAAAGUAAUUGUAGCAUACAAAACCAUUUCAUAAAUCUGAGCUGUUUUGCACCUCCAUUUUGUGGUGUCUGCAAUCAUUGUGAGUGGUUCUGAGUUCUGUUUCAUCUGCCUUAGCCAGGGACUGAACAGCCUUCCUCCGUCCAUUCAAGUCAUGCGAUACUUUUCCACUCUGCCAGGCCCACCAGCUCUCUGUGCCUUUAUAUCUGUGGAGCAGGUGGGCUGGAAGAGUUGAAAGGUCACAUGAUUUGAGGGAAGCAGUUAGUUCUGGGUUUUCCAGACAAGCAGCACCCCAGAUUAGAGAGAAGCAAACAAUAGAAUCUGGGACAUGUAAAAAAGUAAUUAAAAUGACUGGGCAGCAUAAAAUCGAACACAGAAUUAAUUCAUUGAACAUGUUGGGACAAAUAUUUUGAAUAUUGGUUCAUAUUAUCUUGAAAACAAAAGUAUGUUUGUAUUUGUCAAAAUUGUAAUGUUUAUUGUAAUCCCAUACGGAUAAAAUAAACAUAUCUAAAGUA